UAAAACAAAACACGCUCUUGUACCUCGUGUACUAAACUGCAUUUUUCUUCUUCCUCGUCCAGUGUCUCGUGCAAGGUGCUGCUGCCAUUGACUUGAGCUUGAUUUGAAGAGUACCAUCGCCAUGUCUCUGCUGCAAUCAUUCAUUGAGGUCCACCCAGAUUCUCACUUCCCCAUACAGAACCUUCCUUACGGUGUCUUCAAGCCCCAACCCACUUCACCUCCUCGCCCUGGCGUCGCCAUCGGCCACUUCGUCCUCGACCUCUCCGAAAUCGCUUCUGCUGGUCUCUUCCAUGGCCCUCUUCUCAAAAACUCCGAUUGCUUCCACCAGCCGAAUCUAAAUAAUUUUGUAUCCCUUGGAAGGCCAGCCUGGAAGGAAGCUCGUGCCACUCUUCAAAAGCUUUUAUCAGCAACUGAACCAACUUUGAGGGACAACGCAGUUUUGAGGCAGAAGGCACUUGUGCCAUUGAGUAGUGUGGAGUUGCUUCUCCCUGUUGCUGUUGGGGACUAUACCGAUUUCUUUUGUUCUCUGCAUCAUACUAAAAAUUGUGGGUUCAUAUUCCGUGGGCCGGAGACUCCUGUUCUAGAUAACUGGUAUCGGCUGCCUGUUGCCUACCAUGGACGAGCAUCCUCUGUUGUUAUUUCUGGAACAGAUAUUGUUCGGCCAAGAGGUCAAGCUCAUCCAGCUGGCAGCUCUACACCCUACUUUGGCCCUUCAUUAAAGCUAGACUUUGAGUUGGAAAUGGCUACUAUUGUUGGACCUGGAAAUGAAUUGGGAAAGCCUGUGGAUAUUAACAAUGCUGAAGAUCACAUCUUUGGACUUGUUCUAAUGAAUGACUGGAGUGCUCGAGAUAUUCAGGCAUGGGAAUAUAUUCCUCUUGGUCCCUUUCUUGGCAAGAGUUUUGGUACAACAAUAUCACCUUGGAUUGUGACCUUGGAAGCAUUAGAACCUUUUGCUUUUGAAGCCCCAAAACAGGAUCCUCCUCCACUUCCAUACUUGACUGAAAAAGUAUCCAAAAACUACGAUAUUUCCCUAGAGGUUCACGUAAAACCUGCUGGGCACAAAGAUUCAGGAGUGGUGACACGGAGUAAUCUAAAGCACUUAUAUUGGACAUUAACCCAACAACUUGCUCACCAUACAAUCAAUGGUUGCAACCUUAGGCCAGGAGAUAUCCUUGGAACUGGGACAGUUAGUGGUCCUGAGCCAGAGUCCCGUGGAUGCUUGCUAGAGUUAACAUGGAAUGGACAAAACACACUGUCAGUGAAUGGGACAAAUCGGAAAUUUCUUGAAGAUGGAGAUGAAGUCACCUUAACUGGAUAUUGCAAGGGAAAUGGUUACACUAUUGGGUUUGGUAACUGCUGGGGCAAGAUUGUUCCAGCGGCUCCCUAGGGGCAGUGUUGUUCCAUAGUCUUCUCCAAUUGUGGUGGGAAGAGUUGUGCAAUCAGGGACCAGGCUUCUUUCCACUUAAUUGUUAUUUUCUCGUGUGUAAUUUACUCGCCGUUUAAUAAAGUAUCUUUGACUUUAGUAAAGCUAGCUUUUGUCAGGAAAGGAUCGUAUUUUUCUUUUAUGUGUUGUACUGUGGAUCCAACAUUCAAUACUCCCACCUACCAACUAGACGUUCUCUUGGGUAAUAUUUCACGUGAUUAGUUAUUAUAACUUAUUAUUGCUGCU